AUGAACCGGGGAUUCUUCAUCAUCAAGUUGUUAACACGGGAAGACAAAGAAAAUUUUUAUCGUGAGGGUAACAAGGAUCCAUGGAUUGUGAACGAGCAACCUUUACGUCUGAUCGAAUGGUAUCCAUGGUUCGAUGCUGAUAAACAAUGUACCUCUCACUCUACCGUCUGGGUCAAGUUUCCAGGUCUUCCGGUUGAAAUGUGGGUGGAGAAGACGCUGUUAGCUUUGGGCAAAUCUCUUGGAACUCCUAUUGUGGUUGAUAAGCGAACCCUAAACCAUAAGUAUGGGCAUUACGCCUCAGUCCUGAUCGAUAUUGAUUUUGCAAAGCUUAAUACAGAUUAUGUUUAUGUUGAAGCUGGUGGGCGAAAUUUUUUGCAACCAUUUAAAAUCUUGAAAAGGCCGAAAUAUUGUUCCAAGUGCAAAAUAGUUGGUCACCUAGACUCAGAGUGCAGAAAGAAGCAUGUUACUGCAGUUAAUACGCCACCCGCUAUUGCUAGUACGUCGCAGCAAUCUAAUGCUCUUUUUAUCCACCAGGGUGACACUAAUACAGCAUGGCAAGUUGCAGGUCAAAAGAAGAAUGGUAAAAAAAAUCGAAAGGGAACAGUUGAUUAA